AUGCGACGUCCCUUUCACAGUGGAUGGAGUGGCGCUGACAAAACGGGCGGGGCAAAUCAGAGUACCGACGGAAACAGAACGCCACUGAACAGAAUAAGUGAGGACACACUCAAGGAUAAGGCUGGUUAUAUUCGACUGAAUCGACUAGUCAGAGAGAAAAGCAGUCAAAUUGCUGAGAUGCAAUAUGAAAUCGAUCGGCUCAACAGAUCACUUGUGGAUCUUCGCUCACAACUCGAACAAAAAACCUCCAUCGUGGGCGAAUUGGAGGUCGAGUUGCGGAAUGCUCGAGAGACGACCGAAAACGAGCAGUAUCUUAGCAAAGUUGAGUUCAUCACCAAACAGCUUGCCGUCAUCGAAGCCGAGAAUGAGGUGCUCAAAGAGGCGAACGAAAGACUUGUUAAACAGUCUCUUUCCAUUGAAUUCGGCGAAAGCAUGAAGGAGCAAAUUGAAUUGAAAAAACAGAUAUCGCUUCUAGAGGAAAAGAUUAAAGACUCUGAACACAGACGGCUGCAAAUGGAGCAGAUCUUAAGAGCCGAAAAGAAAAAGGUCAAGAAGAACCCCAGAGUUGAUGUAACACGGCAGAAUGGACAUUUAAAAAAUGAGGAUUCCAUCGAUAAGUUGCAAAACUCACUUGUGAAAGAGACUGCUCGAAAAAGAACGAGGCAGAAUAAAAAUGAUAACGAUAUUCUGGAACGGCUUUAUCAAGAUGUAGCUGCGAUCCUGGAAUCCCACGACAUCCAGCAUGACAAAGCAGAUUUUGUCACAUCAAUAGAUUCGGUGGAGCAAAUAGUAAGAUGGAAAAAGAUGUAUGCAGCGCUUUACGAUGAACUGGAGAAGCUUCGAAAUAUGUUGCUUAUACAGCACGACAUCAAUCAAAAGCAGUGCACCGAGAUUAAAUUAUUGCAAGAAGGAAUGGAAUCUUCGAAGAAGAAAUACGAGUCGAAACUGAAAGAAAUGCGUGAUAAUCUGAUGGAGAAGCAGAAAAGGAUCUUACUACUUGACGAACAGAUCCGUUCGAUCGCUUAUGGAAGGCAGAAGUCGACGACAGCCGCAGCACCUGCUGAGACAAAGGCAGAGUUUUCGACGGAUCUCUCCAUAACACUCACGGAGAUUCGUCUCGCUGAUGAAUUCAUUGCUUCCGUCGGUACAUGCCCCGCCUACUUUUUGUCGUUGGAAUUCUUCGACUUCGAACUGCAAACAACUCCAAUUCUUACGAAACCUACAGCAACACUGGAUUUCACUACCAUUUACAAUGUAGUGGUGUCGAAUCUUUUCCUCCACUUCGUAGAAACGAACGGCAUCACCAUCGAAUUGUACUCACCGCGAAGCUCCAACUACAUCCUUUUAGCAGCUGCAGUGGUAAACCUAAAGCCGCUGCUACAGAAAAAGACGAAAAGUCGUGUUGUGGGCGAACUGAAGAUGAUCUCCGUCGACUCCGGCUCCACCGUAGCCAAUCUCAAAUACGAGCUUAGCGCCACAGAUGAGCUAGAACGUUGUAUCGCUAGCUAUCAGGCCGCUGAAGCUGCACUUAAGGUUCUUCCGAUCGAAAUUCCUCAACAAGGGGACGAUUUUGAAGAACUGAUCGUCAUUGUCAACAGAUGCACUGGACUUGAUAAUCUUAAACGAGGUGAAAUGGAAGUUUGCGUCAUCUACGAGUUUUUCUCAUUCUCCCCCUAUUUCACGAACACCGUAACAUCGUCGAAAACGGCUGAGUUCAAUUCGAAACGAGAAUGGAGCGUCCCUGUUGAAGCGUUGCACUCGUACCUUACCGAGACAGAAAUCACAUUCUUCUUGUUCGAGAACCGUCCAGAAAACACUGAGGAGAAAGAUGGAGUUUUAGCCAUGCUCUCUCUUCCACUGGCACCUCUUGUAGAAAACAAGGCUAUCAAAGGAACGUUCGAAAUGAUAAAGGUCGACGGCUCGGACUGCGGUGUAUUCCUGGACGUGAAUGUAAUGUGGAAGCAUGGAUUGAUUCUUCCGGCUUCGAAACCACACUUAUCAGAGUCGGCCAUCUCGCAGAAAGAAAGAAACUCGGUUGUGCCUUGCGCAGUUGCUCCUUCCGAAAGCUCAGUAGUUCUUAUUCGAUCGGCUAGUACUUCACUAGAAGACGACCAUUCAACGGUAUCCGUAACCAGUCCAAAAAUCCCUACUGUUAGCGAGACUACGGAAGUAGACGCGUCCUCGUCUGAAAGAGGAGAGCGAAAUUGGAAAAGAUCCAUGUCUCAUGUUUUCUUAGAGGUGGAAAGUCUUGAGUCAGGUGCUCAUCUCGACGAAGGCGAGUCAUCAAGAGAAUUGGAUAGGAAUGAAAUCAGAAGUCUCCUCGGAAAUCUCCCACCAAUUGCUAAACCACGACUGUCAAAGACGCUUUUGGAAAAUCAGGACUUGUCGUCCAUAACGAAACCAUCUACACCAGGAAGUGGUGAAUCCGCUAGCAAGGAAAGCACCGGCGGAAGUGACGAAACUCCAACGGACCGGCAACGAAUAGUGGUAUUCACAGAUCCUCUCCAUAAAUCUAUUCCACCACUUUUCUGUUUGGUCAUGGAGGAGUUUGUCUGGGUAGAUUGCGAUCAAAUUGAGCUUUCCAAGGAGGAUUCAAGAAGCAAGGCGCAAAUGCAUAUUUCCUUCAAAACAAGAAUUUUUAAAGAAUUUCAACUUUCGCGACGACGUGUCGCCUUGCUACAGCAGUGGUUGAAGCUAGGGAAUCGGCUGGACUUCACGCUAGUGACAGAAGGUGACGACAGUGAAGAGUUGGCCGUCGCACAAUUGGAACUCAGUCAAACGGGCUCCGACCGGACCACCACUAUCCAGUUUUUGGACAUCAACGGCGAACACUUUGCCGACCUUGAUCUCGUCAUCUCCUACUCAUCUCAGAUUUUCGACUGCUUAAAAACUUGA